GGGCCACCUUGGCACCACAGGUUUCCUCUCUGGCAAACCUGCCCGUCCUGCCUUCCCUCUGGGCCUGUGCUGCCUCUGCCCUGACGUGGUGGUGACAGGGGCCAGAACUCCAGGGACCUGUCAGACCCCCGUCCAGAGCUGGCAGCCUGGGGACCUGGCCCCGAGCCCAUCUGCCCAGGCGACCGGCAUGUGGGGAUCCUGAGUCCGUGUGGGGAAGAUUUCACAACACGGACCCAGGGGAUCUAGAGGACGGUCCAUGAAGAAGCGCUAUGUGGUGCUGGCCCUGGUGGCCAUCGCGCUGGUCAUUGGCCUCAGCCUCUGGCUGUCCUCCGCCCCCAAGCCGCCCAGCCACGUGUACCCCAGGGCCGCCGUGGCCGCGGACGCCAAGCAGUGCUCGGAGAUCGGGAGGGACGCGCUGCGGGACGGCGGCUCAGCGGUGGACGCCGCCAUCGCGGCCCUGCUGUGCGUGGGGCUCAUGAACGCCCACAGCAUGGGCAUCGGCGGCGGCCUGUUCCUCACCAUCUACGACAGCACCACCCGGAAGGCCGAGGGCAUCAACGCCCGCGAGGUGGCCCCCGCGCUGGCCUCGGCCGGCAUGUUCAACAGCUCAGAGCAGGCGCAGGAAGGGGGGCUGUCGGUGGCCGUUCCGGGCGAGAUCCGCGGCUACGAGCUGGCGCACCAGCGGCACGGGCGGCUGCCCUGGGCCCGCCUCUUUGAGCCCAGCAUCCGGCUGGCGCGGCAGGGCUUCCCCGUGGGGAAGGGCUUGGCGAACGCCCUGAAUAGCAGCCGGGCUGCCAUUGAGCGGCAGCCGGCCCUGUGCGAGGUGUUCUGCCGGGACGGCAAGGUGCUGCGGGAGGGGGACACAGUGACUAUGCCGCGGCUGGCCGACACCUACGAGACGCUGGCCUCUGAGGGCGCCCAGGCUUUCUACAACGGGAGCCUCACGGCCCAGAUCGUCCGCGACAUCCAGGCGGCUGGGGGCAUCGUCACCGCCAAGGACCUGAAUGACUACCGCGCGGAGCUGAUCGAGCACCCCCUGAGCAUCAGCCUCGGGGACUCCCGGCUCUACGUGCCCAGCGCCCCCCUCAGCGGGCCCGUGCUGGCCCUCAUCCUCAACAUCCUCAAGGGGUACAACUUCUCGCGGGCGAGCGUGGAGACCCCCGAGCAGAAGGGCCUGACCUACCACCGCAUCGUGGAGGCCUUCCGCUUCGCUUACGCCAAGAGGACCCUGCUCGGGGACCCCAAGUUUGUCAGUGUGACUGAGGUGGUCCGGAACAUGAGCUCCGAGUUCUUUGCCGCCCAAUUGCGCAGCCGCAUCUCCGACAACACCACGCACCCCGCCUCCUACUACGAGCCCGAGUUCUACACCCCAGACGACGGGGGCACCGCCCACCUGUCCGUGGUCGCCGAGGAUGGCAGCGCCGUGGCGGCCACCAGCACCAUCAACCUCUACUUCGGGUCCAAGGUGCUGUCCCCGGUCAGCGGGAUCCUGUACAAUGAUGAGAUGGACGACUUCAGUUCCCCCAACAUCAUUAACCAGUUCGGGGUGCCCCCCUCACCGGCCAACUUCAUCAAGCCAGGGAAGCAGCCGCUCUCCUCCAUGUGCCCAGCCAUCAUCGUGGACCGGGACGGCCGGGUCAGCCUGGUGGUGGGUGCCUCUGGGGGCACCCAGAUCACCACAGCCACCGCGUUGGUAUGUGCCUGCCACCUGUCCCCUCGGCCCCCGCCCCCGGGGCCGUGCUGUGCUGACCCCUGUGUCCCCGCUCCCCAGGCCAUUAUUAACAACCUCUGGUUCGGCUACGACGUGAAGAAGGCGGUAGAGGAGCCCCGGCUGCACAACCAGCUCCUGCCCAACACCACCACCCUGGAGCGGGACAUGGACCAGGCGGUGACCACAGGCCUGAAGAGCCGGCACCACCACACCAAGGAGGUGUCCACCUACAUCGCUGUGGUGCAGGCCAUCGCCCGCACGGACGGCGGCUGGGCGGCCGCCUCGGACUCCAGGAAAGGCGGGGAGCCGGCUGGCUACUGAGGGUGCGGGGCGGGCCAGGCUGGGACUUGGGGUACGGGCUUCUCCCGCGAGGGGCAAAGCAGUGCAAUAAAUGGGGCCUCGGCGCCAGGUGUUGCUGGGCUCCCGAUUCCCUGGG